AUGACGCAGCUGCGUGUCUGUGAGAAGCAGACAGAAAGCAGCAGUCGGACUGCUCCUGGUCAUCGGGCUGGCAGUUCCCAGAGCUGGGACCAGCAUCUAGAAUCCCAAGCUGUCAGUGUGGCAUUGGGGGCAGCAUGGAAGGCUCUCCUGUGUGCUUCACUUGUUCUCAAGAAAGGUCAUGGGAAGUUCCUCCAGCUUCCAGAUAUAGACUGCAAGCAGAAGCCACCUUUCCUUGUGCUGCUGGUGACUUCCUCCCACAAGCAGCUGGCAGCUCGAAUGGCCAUCCGCAAGACAUGGGGUAGAGAAACAGAAGUGCAGGGACAGCGUGUGAAGACCUUUUUCCUCCUGGGGGCCUCAGACAGUACCAAUGAGAUGAAUGCCACAGCUCAGGAAGGUAAGCAGUACCGUGACAUCAUCCAGAAGGACUUCAAGGAUGACUAUUACAACUUGACCCUGAAGACCAUGAUGGGCAUGGAAUGGGUCCACCACUUUUGUCCUCAGGCAGCUUUUGUGAUGAAGACAGACUCAGACAUGUUUGUGAAUGUUGGCUAUCUGACUGACCUGUUGGUGAAGAAAAACAAAACUUCCAGGUUCUUCACGGGCUACAUAAAACCUCAUGAAAUUCCUAUCAGGGAAAAGUCCAGCAAGUGGUUUAUGAGUAAAUUUGAAUAUCCUUGGGAUAGGUACCCACCUUUUUGUUCUGGUACUGGUUAUGUCUUUUCAAGUGAUGUGGCCAGCAAAAUAUACAAUGUCUCAGAUAGCGUUCCAUUCCUCAAGCUGGAGGAUGUGUUUGUUGGGCUCUGCUUGGCCAUGCUGAAGAUCCGGCCUGAGGAACUCCACACUGAACAGACCUUUUUCCCAGGUGGUUUACGCUUCUCCAUGUGCCGCUUUAAGAAAAUUGUGACCUGCCACUACGUGUCACCCCCGAACUUACUCACGUACUGGCAGGCACUGGAGAACUCUCAGGAACAGGAUUGCUCUUCUGUCUGAGGGGAACCUGUGGCACAAACUUCCAAUAACUUUUGGUGAUACUUUGGGAACAUCUGGGAUGGCCUUGCUGGGAACUGUCAGGAGUAGAGAGAGAAGGAGGAGGAAGGCAAAGAGUGCUGUUCUCAAUGCCCUGAAUACACUAGAGUGGAUGUACACACAAGCAGAGUCAAGACUUGUUCCCACUUGGCACCCAGAGCAGUAACAGAUCUAGACUUUCAGUUUUUUGCACUAUGUUCUCAAGGUAGAGACAUGCCCUCAUCUGCUCAUUACAGAGCUCAGUAUACAUAUGAAGCCAUGGAUGUGAUCAUUCCCAUUUUACAUGUUAGGAACAAACAACCAUGGCCACUUACUUGUCCAAAGACUCCCAGUCUGCAGAUGGAGCAGGAAUGAGAAUCAAGUGCUAUCAUAAUUCAGUUGGUGGUUCCCAACUGAGUGUCCCAUUUUUUAGGAGAAGCUAGUGGUAGAAGAAGCUUAGGGUGGGAGUUUCUUGAAUGUAACUAGCAUUCUUCAGGCUCUUUCCUGAGUCCCUUGCCCCUCAAUUCCCAAUCCUUCUACUUUUUAAAUGCGAAGUCUGGGAUAAACCAGAUUUUUCAGCCCUCUCCCCUCACUUGAAUCAUGUAGCUAUGCAGUGAGUCUUUUAGCCACUGCUUACUCAAUGCAUCUUCAAGCUGAGACAUGCACACCUGCAGACACUAGCUUACCUCCAUGCUAGAGAAAACUGGGUUAUCUGACCACAUAAAUCACACUGAGAAGCCAUUGGUGAGUAUUUCUAUAUAGGUUGAUCACACCACACUGCUGAAAUCCUAAUGAGGGUGAUGUCUCCUCUGAGUCUUUUGGAACACCUUGUCUCUGCUGCAGAUGGUUGAUGGAUUGAUGGUGAUCAGUUGCAGCUCUGGAGCACUUCAGACCUCUAAGUUCAAACUCAAGUGCCACGGACCGUCCCUCUGUGAGACUGCUAUCCACGGGAGGACAGGGUUGAAGGAUAGGAUAGUCAGGAUACGACGCAAGGGAAUGACAGACAGACACACUGGUAGUGAGAAUCUGCUGCAAUUUUACUUCUGCAAAGCUUCAGUUUAUAUACAAAACAGAUCAAAAAACUUGGCAGGCUCACUGCAUCACCCCAUUCAGGGUUUCAGAC